AUGGUACGCGGUCUGGACCAGUUCGACGAGUGGGCAGACAAGUUUGAGGACCUGCCGCUCUACUUCAUGACCUUCCACGGGCACCAAAGCAUCAAGACGGUGAUAGAGACCAUGCUGCACGCAGUGUACAUGUAUGAUAUCAGCCACGUGGUCAUUGACAAUCUCCAGUUCACGAUGGGGCAGGAGCAGCUCACUGUGGACAGGCUUGCGGUCCAAGACUACAUCGUGGGUGCCUUCCGGAAGUUUGCCACGGACAACAGUUGUCACAUGAGCCUGGUCAUCCACCCUCGGAAGGAGGACGAAGAGCGAGAGCUUCAGACGGCCUCUAUAUUUGGGUCUGCGAAGGCCAGCCAGGAGGCCGACAACGUGCUGAUCCUCCAGGACAGGAAGCUGGUGACGGGGCCAGGGAAGCGGUACCUGCAGGUGUCAAAGAACCGCUUUGAUGGGGACGUGGGGGUCUUCCCCCCGGAGUUCAGCAAAGCGUCCCUCACCUUCUCCACCCCUAUCAAGGGGAAGGCCCGGCUGAUGAAGGUGAAAGAUGACAGUGGAGCGCCGCCCAAGCAGGCUCCGGCUAGAGGCAGCGGGGCCUCUAAGAAGCAGUGA